CCCAGUUCAGGCGUGGAUCGCGCCACACACUGACCCGUAUGGCUAUUGGCAGCCUUAACAGGGGCAGGUGUAUUUUUUAUUUAUUUAUUUUCCCCGAAAACUAAAGUAGUGAGACUGCAGCUUGGUUACUGGGUUUGAGACGUCAGCGACUUUGCAAAGCUUCAUCUUAAAAAAAUAUAUUAAAAAAACUAUUAACGUACUGUGAUUUACACCAUCAAACCGACAGGCAAGAUGCGUACCUUCUAUUCCAUGUUAUACACCGAAACGCCAAACUCUAAGUACUAUUUCAGAGACCACAUCAGCUUUGAGCAGAUCCUGUCCGUGAAAGAGGAGCUGAAGAGAAACAAUUUACUGGAGCCCGUCCUGAGUUCCAAUCUGGACUUCGCGGCCAGGGCGCUGGGCAAAGUCCACCCCAGCUGUCUGUCGCGCGCAUCCCUACUGAUCAGCGGCGACAGCCUCGUGGUGAAGAUGUACCUGGAGCUCGUGCCUGACAGCAACAUGCACUUUGCAGUGACCGUUGAGGGCGGACUGCCCGUGCUGCGGCAGCUAAUCGUCUGCGGGAAGAUCAUCUCCAAGGCCGACAUCAAAGAUGUGCACUUCUUCGGGCACCGGUGCCAGGAUGAGACCAUUUCGUGUCAGGAGCAAGCCUUGAAUUUGACAGGUAACGGCUUGGAGCGCGCGGAGCUGCGCAUCCACUGUAACAAGCUGCAUCUCACCUACACCGUAGAAGACGAUGACGAGGAUGGCGACAAAGAGGAUUUGCGAAUUGUAAGCUUACAAACAAACUGUAAGCUGGGUACUGUUUGCACACUCGAGGCCUUGAUGAAUGUUAAGAGCUGGUUAGAGCAAGAAAAACCCGAGAAGAUAGGCCUUAUAGCAUGCAUGGAGCACCUACUAAGGCAAUACCGCGCUCCCCCUAGUACCCCCGUCUCAUACCGGUUUGUUCUGCAGAGUGACGGUGAGACGGUGGAGAUCUUUCCAACCGGUCGCACUUCUCGUUACAUAUUUGGCGACAAAAGAAGUGUAUCUAUGUGCCCCGCAAACCCCAAGUAAGGAGACGUCACUGUCAGCUCUGCACCAAUUUUGGGAUCUAAAUUGCUGGAAAUCGCUGUUUCAUGUUAUACUAUAGACUCGCAAUUAAUUUAAAACUAGGUUCAUAGACUUACAAGAACUGAUUAAAAACUAUAUUUUGAUGUUAGCCGGCGUUCUUAUUUUGAAGAACUGAACGCUUAAAAUCGCUUUUAUGUUUUGUAAAGCGGCUUAUGUUACCUACUGCUAUACGGAACGGAAGUGUAACUGAAGUGUUCAUGAAGCGCAAUUACUGCCGAAAUAAUGUGUGAUCAGUUUUUGGUACACAUAACGCGGAAGGAUGUUUACAAACGGCACAGAAUAAAUCUUCUGUUCAACGUUU